UCUAGUCUCCAUUGCUUAUUUACUGUUUUCUCUCCUUUCGCUAUAUAUGUAUAUAUCAUGGGCAUGAAGCCGCCUUAUGAGACCUCCUCGUGCUCUUCCGUUGAAAACGAAGAAACUUUUGGGCUGUAUUUUAUUGGGAUUUUAAGUUUGAUAAAAAACACGAUGGAGCUUGAAAAUUCGUCGCCGGUGACAGUUUCUGCAGCUUCUGGAGAAGCCACUGCUUCUUCUUUAGGUAAUCAGAUUCAAGACACUCAACUAGCAGCAGGAGGACCACCGAAGAAGAAAAGAAAUCUUCCCGGGAUGCCAGAUCCAGAUGCUGAGGUGAUAGCUUUAUCUCCAAAAACCCUACUAGCGACCAACCGGUUCGUCUGUGAGAUCUGUAACAAAGGCUUCCAACGAGAUCAAAACCUGCAACUCCACAGACGAGGCCAUAACUUGCCAUGGAAGCUACGGCAAAGAACCAGCAAAGAAAUUCGGAAGCGAGUCUACGUGUGCCCCGAGCCGAGUUGUGUCCACCACAACCCGGCUCGAGCCCUAGGUGAUCUUACAGGUAUAAAGAAACACUUUUGCAGGAAACACGGUGAAAAGAAAUGGAAAUGCGAGCGGUGUUCUAAAAAAUACGCCGUUCAGUCCGAUUGGAAGGCCCACAUGAAGACUUGCGGCACCCGAGAAUAUAAAUGCGAUUGUGGCGCCAUCUUUUCUAGGAGGGAUAGUUUCAUAACGCAUAGAGCUUUCUGCGAUGCGUUAGCUGAGGAAAGCGCUAAGGCCCAAACGGUAGCAGUUGUUAAUACAGAAGUAAACGUUAAUGCGAAUGGAAAUGGUGGUGGAACUAUUAUUGGAGGAGCUGACGCUGCGACAUCACCACCACCUCGACCUUUAACACCCUCUACUAGUGUAGUUUUUCCGGGUUUAUCAAUUCAGAGUUCAGAAACACCUGGAAAUGCAAUGGGAUUUUCACCGGCAACUCCAGCAGCAGUUACUGCCUCUACUUCAAACGCCAAUGUUUUCUCUAGCAUGUUUGCACCAAACUCCCAACCGUCCAACAUAUCUGCACCAUUGGAGCGAACAUCCCUAUCUCUUUCGUCUCCACUUUACCUAUCCAACAAUGGCUCCUCCAUCUUCACCGGACCCGAAAACGAUCAUUGUCACUAUGCUCCAACUCCACAGCUCCCCAUGUCGGCUACUGCAUUGCUACAAAAAGCUGCCCAAAUGGGUGCCGCGGCAUCGAACCCUUCAUUGCUUCGUGGUCUAGGCUUGACAAUAUCCUCGGCUCCCUCCGCUGGUCAAGAUCUUAAUGCCAAGUCCGACAGCAACAUUGAGACAUUGAGGCUUGCCCUUGGAGUUCCCUCAAACGGAAGUUCUGGCUUAACCAACCCCAUGAUAGACUCGUCCUCGCUUUUUGGAAACAAGCCAACAACGCUGGAUCUUCUCGGCCUUGGCAUGGCUAACGGCGUAGCUUCCUCAAAUGGACUGUCUGCGUUGCUCGCUUCCUUUGGAGGUGGCUUCAAUGUCGGAGCAACGACCAUGACAACAUUUGGAGCAGGAGGGAGUAAUUCUCCUAGAGAAACAUGGGACGGUGCACCUGAAAUAAAACUCAAUGGCCCAACCAUGCUUUAGAGAUUUGAGUUCCCUAGUGCCGAAAUGAAAAACAAAAGUUACAGCUUAGAACCCAAAAAAUGAUGUUAGACAUUAAUUUUGAGUUUUCUUACAUGCAUUUAAAGCUUAAUUUCCUCUUAAGGUAAAACCUGGAAGAGAUGGAUCCGGGGAAAAGGCUGUACAGGAACUCAUCUAAUUAACAGCCAUCAGAUGUAGCACGAAAUAUGAUGCAACUAUAUAUACAGUUUUUUUUUUGGUUUAUUUAUU